AUGAGCGACGAUCUACACGCCGACUUGGAAGAGUUCUAUGAUACGGUAGGAGGAGAUGAAGAUCAAUGGGAAGACGAAGAUGACGAUCCUGAUCAAGCUGGAGGAGGACCUUAUCGAGUAAUGAUCGAUCCUGAUGAUUUCUUCGGAGAUGAAGACGAUGAUGAUUACAUAUUCGAGGAUGACAUUGGAGAGAAUUACGACGAUGACGAUGAUGAUGAAGAGGAUGACGAAGAUUACGAACAAGGUGAAUCGGAUGAAGACAUGGGUAAUGCGACUUUGAUAGGAGAAGGAGGACAAGGUGAUGAUGGAAGUUCAGAAGCUUUCAUAACGCUUCGAAAUUUAAUUUAUCAAUCAAAUGCAAAUGCAACCGCGAACGAAGAUGGUAACGAGGGAGAUGAUAUUGAUUUAGAUGGUACUUCAUUAUUGCAAAGAAUAUUAGCAGGGGGUGGAGGUGUAACUACUUCAGGUAGAAAUAGUCAAGCUAUCUUAAGAAGAUUAGCAAAUGAGAACAAUCGAACUAGGAGAGGAAAGGAUGCAUGGUAUAAGAAACAAAUAGAACCUGAUCCAAAAGGAAUGGAACUAUUGAAAUCUGGUGAAUUCGGUAGAAUUGGUCAAUGGAAUUGUAAUUCACCUGCAGGUAAAAAAAGACCUAGAGGAAAUGAAAGAUGGAUGAAAGCCUGGACAGGACCAAAGAUCACCUCUGCACAUGCAAGAGCGAUGGUACCUAAUACACCAGGAACGAUCGUUGCUACUUAUCCUUCAGUACCAUACGUAGGUCAAUUCGCAAGAGAAGAUUAUUCUUUAUUCUAUACCGCAACCCAAUAUUUCACCUUACAUCUAUACUCGAUGAACAGAUCUAAGAAGACGAUACCUAAUAAACGAACGAGAUCAAAAUCGCAACAACCUGUUUUAUCACCUGUACCAUCUGCAGCUGCAGAGGAAGAGGAAAAUGAAGAUGAUUACGAAACUGAGGACGAUGAUGAUGAAGAUCAAUUUCAAGGUUGGGCACGAAAUCGUGGAGGAAUGCUCACAGAAGAUACCUCCUUAAAACGGAUUAAAAGGGUUCAAGGUGUUGAAGGCUCUUGGACUGUAACCGAUUGUGAUGCGGAUAAAAAAGGUGAAAAAAUGAUAUACUCCUCAAUCACGCCUUAUGUGCAUAUGCUGUACACAGCUGAAACAGAUCAGGAGCAUACUGAACUCAAUUUCUCAGCUGGUGGAAGGGAUAGUAUGUGGGGAUACGAUCGGUUCGGAAUCUGGAGUAUCAGGUUCUCUGCAGAUGGCAAAGAAGUCGUAGCUGGAGCAAGUGGUGGUAGGAUCAUGGUCUACGAUAUCGAGGCUGAAAGGAGAUCUUUAGCUGUACAAGGUCAUGCGGAUGAUGUCAAUGCGGUAUCAUUCGCCGAUGAGUCGUCUACCAAUAUUCUGGUUUCAGGAUCCGAUGAUGGAUAUGUUAAAGUAUGGGAUAGAAGAUCGCUGUCUUCAUCGACACCUUCAGGUAUCCUGGUCGGUGCGACAGAAGGUAUAACUUAUACUUCACCAAAAGGUGAUGGUCGAUAUAUCGUGGUCAAUUCAAAAGAUCAAGCUGCAAGAUUGUACGAUCUAAGGAAAAUGGCAAAUGCAAACGAUUUUGAGACUGAACCUGAUGCUGUGGCUAAAUAUGGUCAACCAAGAUUUGAUUAUCGAUCAAUGGACUAUCCUCGACCAAAUAGGUUGGCUCAUCCUAAAGAUUGCUCAAUCAUGACAUACAGAGGUCACUCAGUGUUGAAUACCUUGAUAAGGUGUCAUUUCAGUCCUAGAGAAUCGACAGGUCAAAGUUAUAUCUACUCUGGAAGUGCCGAUGGAUUGAUACAUAUCUGGUCACUUGACGGAAGAGUUCUUAAUCGAGCUGAAAGUUUACCUCUGCGAAAUAACGGACAAUAUACCGACCCCUCUUCGUACGACCCAGCCUCUGCCACAUCAGGUAGAAACACUGGUAACGACUUCCGUGCAUAUGGAGGUGGAAAAACCGUUCGAGACGUGGCUUGGCAUGGGUAUGAACCUACUCUGAUGUCGACAUGUUGGGAAUCCAAUGGACAUUUCAGAAAAGGUGGUAAUGUAGCCAAACACGAAUGGAAAGGAUUAAAUAAAGGGGGAUUGAACAGAUUAGAAGAUUGGGUAGAAAAGAAACGAUCUGAAAACUCGGCAGCAGAGACUGAAAGUGGUUGGCUGGGAAAUAGUAGUAGGAUGCCAGGUGGUCUAUCAAGCUCAUUGGCCGAUUGGAACAUGUGA